AUGCACACCGGCAUCCGGGAGUUUGGGAAGGAAUCAAGAGUGAUUGAUUCCUCGGAAAGCCUCUCCCCUAGCUCCAACUGCGCCGUUGGCUUCGGCGUCGCGUCGAACACCAAGGUGACGGCGCUCACGACAAGUGCCCCCUGGCAGAUAAUAUUGUGCUCUGCCAUUGUCAAUUCGGGCUUGACAAGGGCGGAGCUCCCCAUCGACGAUGGCGCCGAAAGCCCGUAUCAAAAUGCCGUGCACAUCGGGCUUCAACUUUCAAGGAUACAGCGAGAUAGGCAAGCCAGAAUCCUCCAGUCACCCUGGGUCAAGGGUGAACAGAUGACCACGGAGAGUAGGGGUACUGGCCGCUCCGCCAACCGUGACGGACGGACGGGUGCUCCCACAGAACUAGCAUCCCGCGCUGACAGUCGCCGUGAUGCCAGGCGUGGCGCGGCUUCAGGGUGA